AGCUUCAGCUCAAGUUUCAACUACACCCCGCACUCUUCGAAACAAAACCUCCCCUCUCUUUCUCUCCUUAUUUCUCCUUCUCAACGUCCCUCUUCGUUGAUACCCUCUUUAAGACUUAAUCAUCAAUAUGGCUGCAGCUAUCAAAGAGACAGUCUCCAACUUCAUGGAGAGAUUCCAUGGUCAUCCAGAGAACCUUCCCCGUGAACCAUCUGCUGAAGAGUUCCAGCAGCUUAGACAAAAGUACACCGAUGCAGGCCAGGGACAUGUCUUCGCAUUCGUUGACGAAUUACAAACCGUCGAGAGGUCCCAGCUCUUCCACCAGUUAUCAAACUUCGACCCUAUCCGAAUUAACGAACUCGCCGACAAGGCUCUGAACCCUCCCAAAGCACAAGAUGGGCCCGCUUCGCUUGAACCCCUGCCGGAUGUCGCCACUGCUUCGAUUCUCGACUCAGAUCCCAAGGAUAUCGAACAAUGGUAUGAGGAGGGGCUCAAACUUGUGGCGGGUAACAAGGUUGCGGUCGUCCUGAUGGCAGGUGGACAGGGAACCCGUCUGGGAAGCUCCGCGCCGAAGGGCUGCUUCGACAUCGGGCUUCCUAGUCACAAGUCGCUUUUCCAGAUCCAGGCGGAGAGGAUCGCUAAGCUCCAGCUACUUGCUCAGAAGAUUUCAGGCAAGGAGGCUGUCAUCCCUUGGUAUGUCAUGACCAGUGGACCUACCCGCAAGCCAACGGAGGAGUUCUUCGAACAACAUAAAUACUUUGGAUUGAACAAGAGCGAUGUCAUCAUCUUUGAGCAAGGCGUCUUGCCAUGCAUCUCCAACGAGGGUAAGGUCUUGAUGGAGAGCAAGUUCAAGGUCGCUGUUGCUCCUGAUGGAAACGGUGGUAUCUACCAGGCCAUUCUUACAUCUGGUGUGCGAGAGGAUAUGCGCAAGCGGGGAAUUGAGCAUAUUCACACUUACUGUGUCGACAACUGCCUUGUGAAGGUGGCGGAUCCUGUGUUCAUUGGUUUUGCCGCAUCGAAACAGGUUGAUGUCGCUACAAAGGUAGUCCGGAAGCGCAAUGCCACAGAGUCGGUCGGUCUGAUUCUGCAGAAGAACGGCAAGCCUGAUGUGGUCGAGUACUCUGAGAUCGACAAGGAGACGGCGGAGGCCAAGGAUCCCAAACAGCCUGACGUGCUCAAGUUCCGUGCCGCUAACAUUGUCAACCACUACUACUCCUUCAAAUUCUUCGAAUCCAUCGAAACUUGGGCACAUAAACUCCCUCACCAUGUCGCCAGAAAGAAGAUUCCUUGCAUCAAGGAGGAUACUGGCGAGUUCUUCAAGCCGGAGAAGCCCAACGGUAUCAAGCUGGAGCAGUUUGUCUUCGAUGUCUUCCCCAUGACUCCCUUGGAAAAGUUCGCUUGCAUCGAGGUUCGUCGUGAGGAUGAGUUCUCACCAUUGAAGAACGCGAGAGGCACUGGGGAGGAUGACCCCGAUACCAGCAAGUGGGAUAUUAUGAGCCAGGGACAGCGCUGGAUUGAGAAGGCGGGCGGCAUUGUGAUUACUGAGGGUGAUGCCGUUGGUGUUGAAGUAUCUCCAUUGAUCAGCUAUGGCGGAGAGGGCCUUGAAUUCCUGAAAGGGCGCGAGAUCAAAGCACCAGCCUUCAUUGAAAAAGAAGAAUAAAAGAGCCAUGUUGUUUUUCUUAUCAUUUCCUAUCAGAUUAUUGACAGGUAUAUCUUCGUCCUUUGCAUCAGUAUGUCGUACACAACCGAAGCCGUUUACUCAUAUGUGGGUCUCACUAUCCGGUAUGCUGGAUUGCUGACCGCAGCCGGUGAGCUUCCUAACUAGAGAUUUUUUCUUCUCAGUUUCCAUCGGCCGGUAUCAAUGGUUGCAUUAUGAGAAUGUUCCUAGUUUAUUUUGCAUCGCGAUGAAUCUCCCAGGAAUGGAGAACAUCCGCUACAGCAGCUGCUCGUCAGUAGCAGCAGUUGUGUAAUCUCAGAAUCCUUAGCCGAUAAAUACAGGCAGUUACGUUACUCUGACAAAGGUAUCUGAGAGUUAUCC